GUGCUGUCAACCCAUCAGUAACUAAGGGGUUUGUAUGCUGUUCCAAGAGCAAAGCGAAAAUUGCUAGUGGGCCUGUCAAACAGACUUCCUAAUUUUCUAUUCUGUAAUCAAGAGAAGACUUCUCCACACAUUGCUGCAAUGUCUGUAUCAAACCUGUCUUGGUUGAAGAAAAAGUCCCAGUCGGUGGAUAUUACUGCUGCAGGGUUCAACCCCUUAGCUGGUGCAGGAAAGCCAGCACCACAAGCCAGCAAGCCACCAGCACCCAAGACCCCCAUCAUUGAAGAAGAGCAGGACAGCACAGCAAAAACUGAGAAGCAGCCUUCCCGGAGGAGCGGGCUAAAGAGAUUCAACACCAUUGACACUGGUCAAAAGAAGAGCUUAGACAAGAAGGAUGGGAGACGGAUGUCUUUUCAGAAACCUAAAGGAACUCUUGAGUAUACUGUUGAAUCAAGGGAUUCUUUGAAUAGCAUAGCCUUGAAAUUUGAUACAACACCCAACGAACUUGUUCAGUUAAAUAAGUUGUUCUCCAGAGCAGUUGUUACUGGGCAGGUUUUAUAUGUUCCUGAUCCUGAAUAUGUCUCCAGUGUUGAGAGCUCUCCAUCUCUAAGUCCUGUCAGUCCUCUGUCUCCAACAUCAUCUGAGGCUGAAUUUGAUAAGACCACUAAUCCUGAGGCAGUCCAUCCAAAAGAAGCAAUCCCCACAUCUACUGUCACUGGCCCUCGACCCGCAAGAGUUGUAUCAUCUACUUCAGAGGAAGAAGAAGCAUUUACUGAGAAGUUUCUUAAAAUUAAUUGCAAAUAUAUCACCAAUGGCAAGGGCACAGUCAGUGGUGUGCUGCUAGUCACACCAAAUAACAUAAUGUUUGAUCCACAUAAAACUGACCCUCUGGUUCAAGAGAAUGGCUGUGAGGAAUAUGGCAUCAUGUGUCCAAUGGAAGAGGUGAUGUCAGCUGCAAUGUACAAAGAAAUUUUGGAUAGCAAAAUAAAGGAAUCCUUACCCAUAGAAAUAGAUCAGUUGUCAGGAAGGGACCUCUGCCAUUCGAAAAAAAUGACAGGAAUGAGUACUGAGGACAUAGACUCGAGGGUCCGCGAUCCAGGUAACGAUAGUGCCAGCACAGCUCCACGGAGCACCGAGGAGUCUUUCUCUGAAGAUGUGUUCACGGAAUCAGAACUCUCUCCUAUUCGAGAGGAGCUUAUCUCUUCAGAUGAACUGCGACAGGAUAAAUCAUCUGGUGCGUCAUCAGAAUCCGUGCAAACUGUCCAUCAGAUUGAAGUAGAAUGUUUGACAGCCAAGUCAGAGGCUACUAAUGCUCCUGGCCACUUACAGUCCGAUACUGGACAUCCUACAAAUGAAGUUGGGGCGUUACCUCAUGAAACUGAUGUAAGUAAUCCUGACCUGGCCACAAAGCAGGAAGAUACAGUUACAAACAGCUUUCAAGGAGUCUCAGACACUACAGAACAAAACACAAGCACAAAAGGUCAUGAUGACCAGGAUGUUCCUCACCAUAAAAAUUUGUCACACCAGGAGGAAGGUGAAAUAGAAAAUAAACCUUCUGGAGAAACAUCAGAAUUUCAACAAAAGCAAACUGCCAACAUGGACAGACAUGGGCAGGAGCAAAAACGGGACUCUGAGACAGAGGUAGAAGAGCUACGCAAACUCUGGAAAAGUCAUUCUAUGCAACAAGCCAAACAGCAAAGGGAAAAUAUUCAGCAGGUGUCACAAAAAGAAAUUAAACAUAAAAUUGCAUCUGCCGAUGGACACAUCGAUGGCUCUGUACUUUUAAAGGAAAGGAGGAGGCAUCGAUUACAUAAGUUCUUAUGUCUUAGAGUUGGAAAACCAAUGAGGAAGACAUUUGUAUCUCCAGCAAGUGCUACCAUGCAACAGUAUGCCCAAAGAGAUAAGAAACACGAGUACUGGUUUGCAGUGCCACAGGAAAGGACGGACCACUUGUAUGCCUUCUUCAUUCAGUGGAGUCCAGAAAUAUAUGCAGAAGAUACUGGCGAGUACACCAGAGAACCUGGGUUUAUAGUAGUGAAAAAGAUUGAAGAGUCUGAAACAAAUGACAAUUCUGCUGGUCAAGCAGCGGCCAGAGAAUGGGAGGUAGUGUCAGUGGCUGAGUACCACCGCAGGAUCGAUGCUCUAAAUACUGAAGAACUGCGCACCCUCUGCAGACGUCUCCAGAUCACAACAAAGGAAGACAUAAAUUCAAAACAGGUUGUUCCAGCAAAAGCAGAGCUGGAGUCUGAAUCUUUUCGACCCAACCUCAGCGAUCCCAGUGAACUCUUACUGCCGGAUCAAAUUGAAAAGCUUACCAAGCAUCUUCCACCAAGAACAAUUGGCUAUCCAUGGACUCUUGUCUAUGGUACUGGGAAGCAUGGCACCAGUUUGAAGACCCUUUACCGAACAAUGACAGGUUUAGACACCCCAGUGCUGAUGGUGAUUAAAGAUAGUGAUGGACAGGUUUUCGGUGCUUUAGCAUCUGAACCAUUUAAAGUAAGCGAUGGCUUUUAUGGUACUGGAGAAACCUUUGUUUUUACGUUCUGUCCAGAAUUUGAGGUCUUUAAGUGGACAGGAGACAAUAUGUUUUUUAUCAAAGGAGACAUGGAUUCAUUAGCUUUUGGUGGUGGAGGAGGAGAAUUUGCCCUUUGGCUUGAUGGAGAUCUCUACCAUGGAAGAAGCCAUUCUUGUAAAACAUUUGGGAAUCAUACGCUUUCUAAGAAGGAAGAUUUCUUUAUCCAAGACAUUGAAAUCUGGGCUUUUGAAUAAAUACAAUACUCUGUAUUAGCAGGAUAAUGGCCCAAAUCUGACAUGGACAAGCGUUGUUUGGAAUGUUCAAGAAGCAAUACAAUGUAACAUGUCACUCGUGAUUUAGUCUGUUUUUCCCUUUUCUACAACUAUAAGUUUGCAUUUUAUUUUUCAAAUCAUGUUUCUGUCCCAGAGUUCUUUUGGUUACUGUGGCCUGGGUCUAUGUAGUGUAACAGCUGGAUGGAGUUUUGUCAGAAUUUCAGCAGCAUUUUCAUCAUAAUGAUCACUUCAUUUUCAACUCAUGUUCUGUUAGUCUCCCAAUAGGAUGGUGCUCUUUUGUUGAACCUUUAAAAAAAAAUCUUAUUGUUUCUUUUACUACAGCAGUCUAAUUGGAACACUGAGGAAAUUCAGUCUAGAUGCUUUUGUAUCUGGUGAGGUUAGCACUAAUGACCUUUGCACGUGUUCAUCUUUUUCUUAUGAAGGAGAAACCACAUGCCAAAGUAAUACAUGCUUCAUAGACCACUUCCAGUUCUGAGUCACACUAUUGCAUUCUCUUUAUUGAUUUUGCAACUUCUCAAUUUUACUACAGACAAAUGAAAUUUGAGGGAGUUCUAGUUGGAACAGACCACAGUGUACAUGAGCUACAGGUUUGGGCACAUGAUUAUAUCACUGAAUUAUCAGACAAAGAGUAAACUAUUGACAAAGGAGAAUGAGAACUUAAUGAUUCUAUUGGAUUUAAUAUAUUAAGCAAGUAAUACUAUUUACAUAUUUGUAGCUUACUAGGGCAUUGUCAUAAGUAGAAAAAUCUAUGAAACAGGUACAUAUUUCUUCCAACAUUGUGUCAGUUCCACUGUUUUAUAGUUCUGUUGUAGCCUUGUUGCACACCAGCUCCAAUUUUUUUUUUCUGUUCAAAAGGAAAAAAAUAACAUUUUAGUGGUAUAUGUUACUAAGUACCAUUAGCAUUUGCUCUUAUUAAAGGGCAGUGAUUAUAGUAGACAAUAUUGUAACUCAGUAGACUUGGUGAAUAUGCAAACUUACUGUCAAGUGACCUCAAAAAAUGAAAAGAUAGAAUACACUAGUAGUUCUUAUUCUCUUUUGUAGGAAACUAACAAUAAGCCAUCGUGGCAAUAAUUCAUCAGUUAAAUUUCAGAGCUUCGUGUCAUGCAAAAAAAAAAAAAAAAUCCUCCUGCUGUUCUUCAUGUGACAGUGACUUUGUGCUGAAAGUUCAGCUAUUCCAGAUAGCAAUGUAUAUCUUGUAAAUUAAUGUUUAAAGGUAGUUUUGUUCUUAUAGAAAAUGUUGAUUGCCAGGUUGCUUAUAGCACUUGAAAUUACUGAAAAUGAAAUUAUAAGCCAAAUAUGUUGGCUUAAUUAGUUUUAGUUGUAUAACACUUAAAUAUAUCUAGCUCUUUUGAAAAAAGUUUAACUAUCUAAAGAAGGCAUAAUGCUAAUUUAAAAAAUCUGAUGUUCUACCAUAAUAUGCUAUAGCUGAAUAUGAAUAGAAGUACAGGGCAUCAUUUCCUUGUCUGUGUAAAGCUCUUGUUAUAAGUAACAGUAUAUAGGCUAAAUGUUUAUAAGGUGGGGAAUUGUAAAUAAAUAAAUCACCCCCUUUGGUCUUCCACAGCAGUAUUAUUGUCUUUGUGGAGUUGACUAAACAUAAAAUAAGAAUCCUUAAUGGAUUUCAGCUACCGUAUGGUCAUAGAAAUAUAUACCAAAUAAAAUUAAAUGCAUAAAUGCAAA